UUUUAUACAGUUAGCAAAUAAUAUGACUAUAGUGAAAUUCUUUUCAUAAUGUUAUACAAUAGCAAAUCAUAAAUGACAACCUUUAUACCAGCAUAAAAAAAUUUGCUCUAUAUAUUUAUAAACAACCCAGACACAUUUAUUACGAUGAAAAGCAUCGACUAUAAUAACACACACAAGAGGUUGCAUAUCACCAGGACAUGCAGCAGGAAUUUUACUGCAUACACAGCAAUGAUUGAUUCAUACAGUGAAUUAUACGGGGAUACUUUAUUAUAUACAACCGAAAGUGAUGGCUUAAUACUGUUGACUUUUGAAAGCUUGUCUAAUGCGCAGCAUACUGAUGUGAGUUCACAAGUUCAAAGCUACUAGGCGGCUGCGAGUGCAACUGGGACUUGGAGAAUGCAAUACUGUCGUGUUCCACUUGUUAUAUGAGCGUCCCAUUUAUUUUAUCACUCCAAAUAUUGACAAGUGCCAUAAGAGAUGGCGUCGACUCCACGGGCCAUGUUCUGCGUCCACUUACUCUUCCGUAUUAUUGGAAUGAUUUUGCAGCAGCAGUGUGGCGUGAGGGCGAUCGCUGCCGUCAAUCCCCCCGUUAGCACGGUAGGGGUCGAGGGGAGAGAGGCCGAGUUCUCGUGCUCGGUGGCGGACAAGUUGCCGAGUGAAACCCUGAUAUGGCAGCUUGAAUGGGAUGCGACGAAGUUUCCUCAGUAUGCACAUGUAGGAGCUGAACAGAACACAACGUACAUGUUUAACAGCUCAGCCUUUACUGAGACACAUGCUGCUUACACGACAAGCUACACUGUUAAUGGCUCAAUCCACACGACGACUCUUCACAUUACCGAUAUCCAGCCGUCAGACGAGGGUGUUGUUUCAUGUGUUUAUCAAAUAAGUGUGGGAGGGUCACUCAUAACGCGAAUGAUACCCGAAUACACCGCUGCAAGAUUGACCGUCUGGAAAAUACCCUCGCCAUCCUGUUCCUUUAAACUGAAUCAAAAUGACACAGAGGUAAACAUCACUGUGGAUUCCAAGGUAGAGUUAAUUUGUGCAGACGCAGUCGGUGUGCCGACACCCAACCUGACUUGGUGGUACAACGAAACGAUGCAAUUCAAUGGGGAGGACCAAAGGUGGAACCCUGAGGGAGUCGACACGCACAUGAUCACGCUCCGACCGGAGGAUAAUGGAAGAUGGUUCACAUGUGAAGGGAGGAAUGCCGCCGUGACAGAACCGGUACCAUGUAGGGUCAGGCCAAUGAUGGUACCCCCCACUGCCGAAAUCAAACCAAAUUUCACUCAACUCACCCAAGGGACUGGGAAUGUGGAGUUCGUUUGUACCGGCAGUGGUCUACCCACGGUUAAAUCGUACCGGUGGUUCAUUGACGAUCUGCAGGUUCAAGAAGGGAAUCACGAAACAUACAGUUACAUCGAAAUAAACACCAACAAACCAAACGAGUCGGUCUUGAUUGUAAAAUCCUUCCCUGAAAUUGGGAAAAUCAUUAUCUCUUGCGAAGUUUCGGUGUAUGAGGAUUUGAACACUAGCGUAAGCGGAACGGUGGAAAUCACAGAGUCCAAAGUCAAGAAACAGUACAGUAUCAACUCCAAGAGGUUUAGACUAAAUGCAUCAACUGCGAUGGUUGUUAUUAUAUCAGGGAUGGUUUUCUUUCUGCUCCUUAUUUUUCUUGUUUUGUUCUUGCGGUACCGCAGACAUAGGUAUGUUUCAAGUGAAGUAAAUAAUGACACCCACACGCUAGCCAAUGGCGAGGCGAAUGGAGGGGUAAAUAAGAGACGAUUUUGGGGGUACAUGGUCACAUCGGUUUGAGAGAACGAGGGGUGCAGUCAAAAUAUCUGAUACAAGUUCCCAUGUCUCGGUACAAAAUCGUGUGUUAAAACAAUCGCACAACAUCGAUAAACAGUAUUUUCCAAAGGC